AUGUCAACAUCGAUACAUCGCCAUGCACCGUGGCGGAAAGCGGUCCUCAUACCAUUCUGGGUGAUUCAAAUAUGUACUCUGUUGGGCGUAAUUGGGGCAUCUGCUCUCUAUCUUGGUGUGCUCGCGUUUGGAAGAGAUAGUGAUCUGCAGCAAGCUUUGAACGAACUAGGAGACGAAUCAAACGGCGUCACUCUUAAAGACAUUCGGGAUGCUUCCAAAAUUAUUGUCCCGGUCUGGAUAGCAGUCUCAUGUGUUUGCCUUAUACUCACCAUAUCGGAGAUCAUCCUCCUUGCUAUUCAUAAACUAAAGCCUAUCGUCUUCGUCAUCAUGAAUGCCUUCAAAACGGGCGCGUGGACUGUAGCUUUUGUUGCAAGCAUGAUUAGCGUAUCGAGGAACGAUCCUAAGUUGCACGGGGCUGCUACAAUCGCGGCGGAUGUUGUUGUACUUAUUGCUUUCUGGAUUCCGUUCAUCUAUGGUAUAUUCGUCUUCGUCCGCAACCGCAAAGCAAAGAGGUCAUACGCGUCUGUGGACAAGCCACUACUCGCACAAGAAACCUCCUAUCCUCCACAAUACAAGAACCUCACGUCGGAGGGCUCAUUUGUGCCAGUUGAGCAGCCGCCACCUGCUCGAGAAAGACGUGCCAGUUAUAAUCAUACACGCGACACACGAUUCGAAACAUUCCGUGAGCAGCGACGCAGUAUGUCAAAUCCUUCGAGUCCCAACCUCGAUACGCCGACUCACUACAAUUCUGGUGUUCCACAAGUAGUGGUUGGGCAUCAUGACCUGGAGGCUUUUGAGAUGGAUAGUGCGAGGCAGCACUUGAGAUAA